AUGGACGCUCAAGCACUUCCCCAACAUUCCGCUUCUUCUAAUAAGACGGGUGGUUCACCUGGUGCACGUGUUCCAAGAAUGGUUUUCGCUGAAAUAGUGGGAACUCUCUCAUUCCUCCAACCACAAGCAGAUGAUGACAUAUUUGACAGAUUACACUACUAUUAUACAACAACAUUUUUGCUUUUAACUGCUGUUUUAAUAUCACUUAAAAUGUUCGGAGGACGACCUAUUGAAUGCUGGCUUCCCGCAGAAUACAAGAGUAGUUGGGAAGAUUAUACAGAAAUGUACUGCUGGGCUCGGAACACAUACGUUACUGCUUUUGAGGACGAUAAUCUUCCUGAAGUUGUUAACAGGGAGUAUACCAUGGUAUCAUAUUAUCAAUGGGUGCCCUUCUUCCUUGUCUACGUGGCUUUCAGCUUCUAUGCGCCAUGCUUAAUAUGGCGACUUUUCUAUGACAAAUCAGGAAUUCGACUCAAAGAUAUUAUGGGAUUUGCAAACGACAAAGCAAAUGUGGUUCCAACUCAACGAACUGCAAAUAUUCGUGGACUUUCAGCUCAUUUGUCAUCCGUUUUUAAACAUCGAUUCAGAAUUGGAGAGAAGCAUCCCUACCAUCAUAAGGUAUUCCGAAUUUUCAACGUUCGCUACUACGAAUCAUAUCUGACCUACUUGUAUCUAGCAAUAAAAUGCUUAUUUCUGAUGAAUGUGCUGACUCAGAUGUAUUUCAUGAGCAGAUUCUUGGAACUUGACUCUCAUCGAUAUUACGGUUAUGGAAUAUUUUAUGAUUUGAUAAUGGGAAAAGGAUGGAAAGAAUCUUCAAAUUUCCCCGUCGUAACAUAUUGUGAUAUGCAGAUUAGAAUACUUGGACAUGUACAACGACAUACUGUCCAGUGUGUUCUUGUUAUCAAUAUUUUUACAGAAAAGAUAUUUUUCAUUCUAUGGCUCUGGUACACCAUGUUAUCUCUAAUUUCCUUUGGAUCCAUACUCUCAUGGAUUUUUGCAUCAAUUCCAUUUAAUCAACGAAGACAAUUUAUUGCUAGAAGACUAGAAUUGGCUGAUGUUAAUUUCGAAAAAAGCCGAUUCAAACAAGAACUUGAUGAGUUUGUUCGUGACUAUAUAAAAAUCGAUGGAAUUUUCGUGUUACGAAUGAUUACAAUACAUUCUGGUAUUCUUAUGUGUACGGAUAUUGUUGAUACAAUGUGGGAUCAGUUUUUACAAGAAUCAGGACAUGCAACAAUCAGAGAGAUUUUGGAAGAUAAAAGUUACGGUGACGACUAUGAUAGAUCUGCUUCUGCUGGUGGUUUAUCUAUUGAACCAAGUCUGCGACGGAAAACAUCAGUUUUGGUUCCUCUCAUGAGUCGAGAAGAUUUACAUUUGGAUCAAUCUCCAACUACACCAGCUCCUCAAUUCCUUCGACCUCCAAGCAGCCGAAUGGCUUCAGCUGCGAAUGUAUAAUAAUUUCAAUAUUUUGUUGUUUUCCUGAUACCGAAUUAAUUGUUGUUACAAUUUCAAAUAUUUGCAUGACAUGAAAUAAUAAUUAUUAAAAUAAUAA